AUGGUAGUGUGUACUCCCGCCACGUGGGCUUUAGGUAUAGUACACCCACGUACAUCAUGUCGAUCUAUUGUUGGGAAGGAUCAUUCAAGGCACAUGAAAAGAUAUCAAGAACUAGAGAAUGCCCUAAGCCGCUGCAAACCGCUGCAAACCAGUCACAGGAACUGUAUGGACCAGGUCGAUCGGGCACCGGAUAACGGGACCUUGCAGCGUGUAGCCGAGAGCUUCACUUUCAUCAUUUUACCAACCUCUGCCUCCCAGUGCAUUCUUGAGACAGACUGA